AUGAAAUCAAUCAACCGGAAAUCAAAAAUCCAAAAAGCCAGCCCCCAGAUCAGGGAAUUGAUGUGGGAUAUUCGACUGAGGAACACCGAAUCCAUGAAGGCAUCGCUAGAAAAAAUCGUCGAAAUUGACACCAUCUAUGUCGACAAGAGUAAUCCCAACCUAAUCUAUGGUUCGCUUCUUCACGUAGCAGCAGAAGUUGGAAAUUUCGAAGCAUUCAAACUAUUAAUAGAUCGUGGAGCCAAUAUUCAUACAUGCAUCCGACAAACUGAAGAAACUGUAUUGCAUCAUGCCGUUCAAUCCAAAAAUCAUCAAAUCGUUGAGUAUUUAUUAAAAAAUGGAGUCAAUGUCAAUGUCAAAUCGACUAAAUAUUCUAAUCAUCCUGAAGAAACGGCAUUGCACUUAGCCGUCCGUGACAAAGGAUCGCGGACAAUUGUUCGAUUGUUGCUGGAGUACAAGGCUGAUGUUAACGUUAGAUCCAAACGAGGAGUAACGCCUAUUAUCCUAGCUAUCCGGAAUAGCAAUGUCGAUGCGAUGCGGCUAUUAUUUCAAUUUGGGGCUGAUAUUAAUUGGACUUAUAAAAAUAAUGGUGAAACGUUAUCGAUAUUCGAUGCAGUCAUCGAGUCAAUUAACGUUCAUGAUGUUUUAUUUUGCAUGAUUGAAUUUCUUGUGAAUAAAAAUCAUGUUAAUAAUAUCAAUAAUUUGCCAUUAUUUCAAAGACACUUAAUACUGCAUCAGUCGGUCAAGUUGGGCGGCCGAUUAAAAUUCAUUUCUACCCUCAUUCACGCUGGUAUUGAUACGAAUACUGUUGAUGCUGAUGAUAAGUUACUUAUCGAAUGUGUAUACGCUUUAUCGCGUAAUCCACAUUAUAUUUAUUUUAUCAAGCAGCACAUUGUUCGGUUAUUAGCGGCGGGCUUUUAUGUGUGUGAACGCAAUAUUAAAGCUAUUGAGGGAAAGUUUGAUGAUUAUUUCGAUGAGUGUCAUAUGGAGGUCAUCAAAAUGAAAAAUGAAAAGAUUGCAGGCAGCAGUGUUAGCUUUCUGGAUGUCUUGCAUAAAGACUACCAUUACUUGGCUGUUUGCUUGAAAAAUACAAAUUUCGAUAGACAACUAGACCUUAUAAUAAAAUCUCUGAAAUUCUCAAUUUAUAACCAAAUGAUUAUUUGGAAAUUGCGGUUCAUUUCAUCCCGAAUUAAGUACCUCAAAAGUUCUGAGGAGUAUCUUUAUAAUGUUUUUUAUGAAUUGAGACUUCCGGACCCCUUUGUUAGAAAAUUGUAUUUUUAUUUAGCUAAUGAUGAUUUAAAGUUAUUGUUCUAG